AUGUAGGGAGUUGGCGAGAAGGCGGAGGAAGGGCUACACAACAAACUCCCAAAUCCGACUCUACGACAUCGCCCUCACAACCUACAGUAAGCCAGACCGAAACACAAGCGAAUGGCCCCCAGACCCCGACAUCCGUUAGUGGCCAGCAGGUUCCCAUGCCCCCUAUGCCAGGACGACCUGGUGCUAAUCAGGGCCCACCACAAGGUCCGAUGCCUAUGGGGCCCAUGGGAAUACCACCACAGUACAGGGGGAUGAUGCCACCAUAUAUGUUUGGGAGAAAUUUUCCAGGACCAGGCUUUCCGCCAAAUUAUCCUGGAAUGCCGCCAAGACCUUUUCCAUAUGAUGGAAGGUUUCCGCGAGGUCCCCCGCCACCCCAGAAUCGUCAACAACUACCGCCACCUGGUGGUAAUAAUGAUGAGGAGAGAGAUCCCUCUUUCCGUGCAGCUAUCAUUACAGAUAAAGACUUAAAAAACUUUGACCAGAUUCUCAAAUCUGAGGCUAGUGACGGGGGCUGGGCUGGAGCCCAGGGUGAAAUAGAUUAUAGAAGAGAGCGUAAGAAGAAAGCUAAUCGUGGUUUUGAUGUUCGAGAUCACCGUGGUGAUGGUGAAGAUGAUUAUGAUGAUCGUCACACACCAAGGUCAGAUCGUGAUAGAGUUGAAGGUCAUAGACGUAGUCCCCUUGAUAAAGAUAAUGACCAGGAAAAGGAUAGCCCUAGUAGUGGUAAUAUAGCAAGAGAGAAUUGGCAUGGACCAGUUCCUCCUCAAUUUAGAGGUCAACCCAGACCCCCACAUCCUGGCAUGGAUGGGAGAGGUUGGCCAAUGCAUCCUUUUGAUUAUGGCAUGAGGGCACCAUUCCCUUUUAGAAUGCCACACCCAGGCCAGAGACCCCCAUUCGGUCAUCCAUCUGGUCCCCCACCCCCUCAACAACCAUCCCCGAGUAAAAAAUCAACUGAUGAUGACGAUGAAAUGUGGCAACAAAGACGUCAGCAAUCGACGGAAGAGGUGCAUUCUGCUGUUCAGCGAGCGCGUGCUCGACGUGAAGAGAGUGAGAAGAAGUCUGAGGCUGAACGCAAAGCUGCUGCUCAAGAAAAAUUAAAACAAUUAGAGGAACGAGUCCGCAAGAGGGAAGACUCGAAAACAGAAGAUGAUGAUAAGAAGAGUGAAGUCAGUCGAACCAGUGAGAGCAGUGAGAAAGAUCCCAGGGAAAGAGACCCUCCUAGAGCUGAAAGAGUACCCAGCCGCGAUGGCUCCAAGGGUAACCAAAGUAAUUAUAAUAAAUCAAGAAACACAGUGCCACCUCGAUUCCAGAAACAGCAACAAGAACAGAUGAGGCAGGGUGGAGGUAGUGGACCCACCUCUCAGAGUCCUACCACCCCUGGUACCCAUUCUGGUAUGCCUCCACAAGGCUUCCGACAGGGGCCACCCCCACCAUGGCCCUACGAUCCUAGAGCAUGGGGUGCCAUGCCCCCUUUUAUGGAUCCAAGAUAUGCUGGGAGACCUCCAGUUGAUAUGCAAGGUAUGCCAAUGUUCCCAGCACCAGUCAGACGUAGAACUGAUAGUCACGGUUCAGGUGCUGAUAGCCAGGAUGAUAACCGACCACCAUCGGAGGGGAAUUACGAGCAGCAACAACGUGAUCAUAGAAACUGGAUGGAAGGACGUGGAUUUCCUCCACCACAUCCAGGAGCAUUUGAUGAAAUGAGAAGAGCUCAGUAUUAUUAUCAGCAAGAAUAUGAACGUUACGAGCAACGCAAUUCUCGUGAUUUUGAGCGUCAGAAUACCACGGAAGAAGAUGUGGAAUCAGCUACUAGUGAACACGAUAGUUAUCAUAAAGAGGAUGACGACCAUAGAGAUUCAUCUCGAGAUGUCUUCGAUGAAAUAAAUGAUAAAAAUGAUCGGCAUGAUCAUAAAGGCGAGGAUAAAGUAAAAGAAAGCCACAAAGACAAAGGUCGAGGAGGGGAAAAGGAAGAGAAGAAGAAAGACUCUAGGACUAGUGGAGAUGACAGUAUAGAAGAGAAGGAAGAUCGAUGGACUGGACAUGGUCAGUACCCUUCGCGACCGGUCAGACAUGGUUCUUCUCCAGGAUCUUUACGCUCUUACAAUAGUGAGCACGAGAGACCUAGAAGAGAGAAUUACCACUAUUGUCCACCACCCAUGCCCCAACCACAACAACCACCUCCCUCGCGGAGUACCAACUACACGUCGUUAAAACGUAGCGCAUCCAGCAUGUCCACCAGCUCAAACACUUCUCAGGAACGUAAAAGUGAUUCACCCAAAGAAAUUUCUAAUGAGAAGCUUCAUACGCAGAAGGAAUCUCCUAAGGAAACCAUAAGAGAUGUUAAAAUUCAAACCAAAGAUUUGAAAAGUUCUGAAAGUCGAAACGACAGAGACUACGAGAAACCUAAAAGAAAUGAGGUCUCUCAUCGCAAUGAGUCCAGAGAUGUCCGGCUAGACUCCCGAGACCAUCGGCAAGAUCCUAGAGAUCGUCAAGACUCCCGAGAUCAUAGACAAAAUCACCGUGACAGCAGACCUGAUACGAGAAAUAGUCGUGACAACCGUCAAGAUCGUGAUCACGACAACCGAUCCGAGCAGAAUGAUAGUCGCCGUGAAAACCAUUGGGACAAUCGUCAACAGCCUUCACCCAAAUCCAAAUGGGACAAACCCCCCAGCAAGAACGAUUGGAUCGGCAAAACCAAGAAACCAGAGUGGGAAAAGUCAGGCAGAAAUGAUCGUGAUACUCGAAGUCCCAAAACAGAAAAUGAACCAAAAUCUCAGAAGAAUGAAUGGGAACCGAAACCCCAGAAAACAGAAAGUUGGGAACCCAAGAAUAAAGAGUCGAAUACGUGGGAUAGUAAACCAGUUAAACUAGACAGCCAGGAGACUCCAAAACCAAAAGCUGAAGUUGAAGUAAAACCACAGAACUACUGGGAGAGAAACAAAGAGAAGCAAGAAGAACAGAAGAGAGCUGCAGCAGAAAAGGACAAAGAAAAUGUUGAAAAGCAAGUUGAAGAAAGUCCAAAAUCUCCAACAGAAAAGAAACAAGAGCAUGCGAACCAGUCUGGAAGACCACCAGUGAAGCGAAAGAAGGACGAAGAUUAUCGGUACGACAGUCGUCAAGAUCGUUACCGAGACGAUGGUCGUAUGUCUGGACGUGGUCGCGAAUUCGUACGAGGUAGAGGGCGUGGUAGAGCAAGAAGCCAAAGAGGAAGUUACACUUCAAGGGGACGAGGUCGUGCUGAUUAUCGCAGCUACGAUAGAUCGUAUCAAAGCAGUGGUCGCUCGGACUACAACGCGAAGGGAAGUAUUGGACGUUGGGGAGAGAAUGAGGAUGAAGCUGCCGAAGACUUCGAAGCGUCCAAAAGACGUCGAGGAAAGGAUGAGGAUAGCGACGUGUCUGUGGAUGAUACGAGUGGUUCCUUUAGUGAAACGUCAAGUGAAAGAACUUCUGAGGCACGAGACAAUUCUCGUCCGAAAGAUUCGUCAAAAGACUCAAAACCAAAAAGCGCUAAAGAUGACACGAAGCAUCAGCCAAAGUCUGAAAAUCGUGAUAAUCGUGAAAAACGUGAUAGCAACGAGAGGAAUUCUAGUCGGAACAGCCAUAAUCAUCGUGAUCACCGCGGAGGAUACAAUGACAAGAGGUAUGAUGACAGAUAUAGGAAUAACGAGCAUCAAGAUGGUGGACCCAGAAAUAACGCCUUUGUUCCCAGAGGGGAACCUUCUCGACGUGGAAGAGGAGGUAACAGUGUACCAAGAGGUGGACCUCGUGGUAAAAGAUAUAUGUCUGGACCUCCUAGAGGUGGAUUUGGUCGACCACCCAGUAAUAGUGGAGAAUCACGCAAUAGAGACAAUCAAAAUGAUAGCAGGGAGUAUCGUCGAUCUGAAAGAAAUCAACCGCCACCAAGAUUUGCACGACGUGGGGGGUUUCAAGAUCGAGGGAGAGGCUAUGAAAGAGGACCACGGGGAAGAGGAAGGGGGCGAGGAUCAAACUCGGCACCCUCGAGACCUCCGUUAGCCAAGCAGAUGUCAAAUGAAGGAGAAGAAUGGGAGACGGCAUCUGAAUCCAGUGAUUUUAAUCGGGAUUCAAAAAACGAUAAAGAUGGAGGUGGAAAAGACCGGAGAGAGCCUCCAAUGUCUAAGAAAAGUUUCUCCAACCAGCGGCCAUUGAACGAUCGUCAAAAUCGACGAGUUCCUACCGACAAUAGAAAUAUGGGUGGAAACGACAACCGAAACAACAAAGAAAAGUCCCCAAAUCCGACAAAAAACGGGACCGGGCCCCCUAGAAAUGGCAACGGGGGUCCAAAAAACAAAGCCUCGAUGCACUCGAACUAUAAGGAGAACGUGAAUGUUUAUAGAGUCGAUAGUAUCGUACAUACUGACCAAACAGCUAUCAAUAACGCCAUUAAUAAUAUCAGCAUCAAGAAAAGAAAGAGUGAACUGAGUGAUGUAUCUAAGCCAUUACCUACAGAGAAAGAGAAGAAAGAUGCCUUAGCCAAUAUAGACAUUAAUAACUAUGCUAGUGUAGUGGUAAUUGAUGAUCAACCAGAGGUCACCAUUGAUGACCCGACUUUUUUAUUUGAGAAAGAUGAUGGGUUUCAGGAAGUAACGUAUAAAAAGGCUGUACCUAAGAAAAAACAAGAGACUGAACUAAAGAAAACGGAAGUGAAAAAGGGAGCUAAAGUUGUUGCCAAGCCAAAAGGAAUGUCGUCUGCUAAGAUAGAUCGUCAGCGCUAUGGUAAAUCUAGCCGUCUGCCGCCACGUCUGGCCAGAAAGAAAGAGGAGGAAGAAAAAGAGAAGGAAAUGAGUAAAAAUAUAAUGCCAAAAAUAGAACAGUGGGAUAAUGACUUGGCCAAUGAUAUACCAGCUAAUUCUACCAGCCUAGACAUAGACUCCACUAAAAGCAUGACAACCGUCGCCGUGACUCCAGUUGUCAAGACAACCACAGUGAGCGUGCCCUCGGCUCCAGCUCCCGUACCUACUGUCAGCGCCUGGACCAAACCAAUCAACUUCUCAGUCAGUGCUUCCGGGCACGAAAUGAAGUUUGAGAAGGGAGGCAACAAUGAUAACCAUGACAGUGGGAUUGACGUGGUAGUGGAUACUUUCAAGGCUUCUGAUAUGGAGAUUGGUGAAUUUGAAGCCCCUAAACCACAAAGGCAACCUAAGAUAAGUACAGGUUCAACCUCAGCUCGUGGAGUGAAACCUAUAACUAAAGAUAUCCAGGUUGUAUCUGUAGUAGAUGACUUGAAGAAACAGUCUACUGAGAUUAUUAAAGAACAGCGUAGAAUCACUACCAUAGAGAAAACUGAACCUAUACAGAUGCCAGCUUUCAAAGAUACGCUGUUUGGAAAGGGUGACAACACUAUGAAUUUAGAUUUUGAAUUUGAUGCAACGUUGGUGAACAUAACCGAGACAAGAAUAGAAUCGGAACAAAUUGUGAUGUCUUCCACAGAUGUAUGUAAGCCUGUCAGCACCAGCAGCGUCACAGGCACUAGUCAGCCUGUCAUUACGUCACCUACGUCACCUUCCACACAGGAUCUCAACCAGAAGAUAGCUCAAGUGAAGAAAGUCUGGGAGAGUUCUUCUAUGAAGACUGUUUAUGAGAAACCGAUGCCAGAGUCUACGACGCCACGCCAAUCCAUCAGUUCCUCCAUCGACGAGAGUUUAUCAAACAGCAACAAUAACAACACCUUUGACUCGUUUCCGACUAGCGAGGUAGAGAGGGCGCUCACUCCAGUCCAGAAUAACAUGGAUAACGUUAUUUCUAGCCGUAACGAUUUGAGCAGUUACCAUAGCGACAGUAACAACUUCUCGCCUAGCCAGUCAUCUCUAUCACCCAGACCACACGACUAUCUGAACUUCUCAAACACCAUGGAUAUGAAAAUGGAGAAUGACCAUAAACCUAACUAUAUGUCGGAACCCAGUAACGUCUGCAAGGUGAAACCCCAGCAGUUUCAGACAAUAGAUUUCAUCAUGUCAAAUACCAACAACCUGAUGUCUAGUAUGUCUGCUGUACCCAGUCCUCCAGUCGUCGUCCAAAAUCAACCUCCGCCAUUUCAGACAAUACAGCUGGGAUCACAGUUACUCACUCCUGAAUCUAGGUUUUCGCAGCCAAGUUUUGGGUUCAGUUUGUCUCAAAACCAAUCACAACUUGGUCAACAACAACUUGGCCAAUCCUCGAGUUUCUCCCAACCAAGUCUCUUCGUACCAACACCAAACCAAGAUCUGUACCAACAGCAACCAUCACAGCUAGCACCCUUUCAACGUAACCACAGCUUCAACCAAACACCCCAACAGAAUUACGGACAAACCCAACAGAAUUAUGGUCAAACACAGCAGAACUACGGUCAGACGCAACAAAAUUAUGGACAGAAUCCUACCCAUAAUACCAUAAUGGUGUCAUCGACAUCAUCAUUAAUGUCCACCUCCAUCAAACCACCCUCAACUAAUAAUUAUGGCUCCCUACAGAAGAAUAUGUCCAGUGGUUCAGUACAAUAUAACCAAGGAUUGAACAGUUCCUCAGUUCAUCAGCCCAGUCAGAUGUACAUUCAGUAUGAACCCACAACUCCUAUGUUCGGUAACAACCAGAUACUGACAGCUUCCAAUCAACCCAAUCCUUCCCAGAAUGCAUCACAGUUGAUAGGAUCUCAACUGGUGCAGCAGAGAAGUGGAGUACAUAAUGUACAGUCUGUACAGCCUUCAUCUUACUUUCCUCAAUCACAACCUACAUUAUCUCAGACUGGUUACUUCUCUUCACAAUCUCAACCAUCUUCAGCCUUACAGGGAGCACUUCAACAAGUAGCAGCUUCAGGGCCACAGUUCUCUAUUCACACGUUUAAUAACGCUGGACAGGGGCUAGGACUGGCUCUCCAGCAGACAUCAGGGGCCAACACCACGCCCCAUAUAAACCUAGGUAACACUGGUUCUAACCAAGCUGGCAUGAAUAAACCUAAUAACCAGUUUAGCUCAUUUAUACAGCAACAGUCACAGUCUAAUCAAAAUAACCAGAUGAAGUCACCCUCCCAGAAUAUAACACCAAGUAAUAUGUUGAACACAGCAUUGUCAGCCUUGAGUCCCAACUCUAAGGUGUUCACUUCACAAGUUCAACAGAAUCGACCCCCACCCCAACAGAGAUUCCCGGGCGUGACUCAGUUACCCCAGGGGAAUAAGUUUAAUAACGCUGCUUUCGUAGCCCAGCAGUUGUCUGGUGCAGCUUCAGUGGUACGACCUUCAAUAAUGGUAGGAGGGAUGGUGAGACCCAACACGGCUCCACCCCAGCCAAGUCGAGGUUCCUUUCCACCUCCCAUACAGAGACCUGGGCUGUCUAACACGGGGGUAAUAACCAUCCCAACUCAGUCUCUUACGCCAGUGAUUCCUGCAGCUCUACAACAAGGAGCCACGCCUUCCAUGAAGGCCUUACACGAGAAGCAAAGAAGAGAGGUGUUAGCUCAUGCCCAGAGUUUUUUAAAUCCUCAAAAUAAACCGAAGGUCAAGUCACUACCGAAGAGUGACAUCUCGGAUGAGAAGAGUCCAAGCGAUGCUGUAAAUACAGCGGAAAGUAAAUCAGAGAGUUCCGUUACUAGUAAAGAAAAGUGAGAAAUAAGUUUUUUUGUGACAUAAACUGUUUUUUUGACAAUUUUGUCUUUUGUGCUUUUUAAUUUUAUUAUUGGAUGUGAAGUUAAAUAUGGACUUGGACUGAUAAUCUUGAUACGUAUAUAGAAGUAGAGACUUUGUAAUGUUUUUAAAUGUUUUUUUCCGAAUGGAUAAACUUUUGAUUUUCGUUUGUGAUGGACUUUUAACAUAUUAUUUGAAUGGCCGUGAUGCUGGAUGAAGAAAGGAUAUAUAGAAAAUGAAUCAGGCGUUAUAGAACCAGGACGUGGCACUCAAGACAUUUAUACUGAACGGAAUUUCUGCCUACGAGAUUGAAAAAUGAAUACGUAAUUUGAUUACGAUAAAAUCUCGAAAAAUGGGGAUAUUCUUCAAAUUAUUUUGAAGCCGAUGUAAAUUUCUGUUUAUUUAUUUCUUAUUCUGAAUGUGUGCCAAAAAUGAAAUCUCACUAAUUUCGGGAAGCAAUUUUUGAAACGCGCGUGAAAAAUUUGUAUUUAAUAUUUUCCAAAGCUCCGUGUACAAAGAUGUAAAACUUAAUUUUCAUAAUCCUCUGUAAAUUGCCCAUUUUUAUCUACCCUUAAUCAUAAUACUGGUAUCGCAGACGUUUCAAAAGUUGCCUCCCCUUUUUAAUCAUUCAUAUAUUGGACCAUAUUUUUAGCGGUCUUUCGCCAUUUUUGUGGAGUUGCAUCACUUAAGGAUUGUGAAUAAAAAUACUUGUGAUAUUUAUAAUUUGUAUUUAUAUGUACAUAAUUCGCUUUGUACAUAAUGCAGAUAUAUUAGUCACAAUUUAUUCCUUGAGUAUAGUGAGGACUCUUUACGGCACAAGUGACGUCACGUUGAUGUCACCAGCAUCAGAAAUUUCGUCGAAGUAUUACCUCUUAAUAUCCCCAAGCGUCAUUAUGUACAUUUUUGGGAAAUUUUUCCUCAUGUUUGUACAAAUGUAAAUCCUGAUGAAGGAUUUCCUCAAGAAAUUUGUAAUUUUCUGUAGUGUUCAGGAAAUGUUCAGAUAUAACCAAGCUUAAAGCAACGCCAUGUCCUGUUCACUCGCCUACAGAUUCAGUCAUUUUAUAGCGAUUUCUACGAAAUCCAUUCAUAUAGCAGAAAUUAUAGGCAACCAUUCUAAAUGGACUUGUUUUCAUAUUUUGCUGAGGAAAGUUACGAAGUAUUGUAAAGGCCUAUCGUUUUGUAAAAUAUUUGUAUCAUAUGGUUUGAUUAAUUGUUGUAUUGGUGAAAUAUAGCUGAAUUUCCUUCAUGAGUGACCUGGGUCAUCAGCCUUCGCUUGGUCAUAGGCUUGGUGGACUGACCGAGGUCACAAGCUAAGUUAGGUAACUCUGCCUUCCUACGACUGUAAUCCAUUAUUGGCCUAUUUAAUUAUAAAAUGCUUUUUUAGAUUGCUCAGUCAGAAGUCUGCCUUUGAAGUUUUCAAGCUUGGAUGGUAGACUGUGCCCCAGUUCCAUCCAUAGCUGACAUCUGAGCCCCAUUUUGCAAGCUUGUCCUAUGAGGUGCCCCAUUUUGCAAGCUUGUUCUAUGAGGUGCCCAUUUUGCAAGCUUGUCAGAUGUGGUGCCCUAUUUUGCAAGUUGAGCAUAUGAGGUGCCCCAUUUUGCAAGCUGAGGAUAUGAGGUGCCCCAUUUUGCAAGCUGAGCAUAUGAGGUGCCCUUAUUUGAAAAUUGAGUCUAUUUGGUGCCCCCCAGUUGUGAGUAAAGGUUUUUAAAUGGUAAGGUUUAUGUUCAAAAGAAGGGUGUGGCAUGCCCUCCACUCCUCUCCCCUGAUGUAAAUCUUGUCAUUUUAGUUUUCAAUGUCUUAAAUAGAUGUUAUUUCAUUUUUUUUAAAAAAAAAAUACAGAUUAUUAUUUAUGUUCAAUUGUAAAUGUU